AUGAGAUUUAUAAUUUUUGUACUCUUAUUAACGGCUGUUGCUAGUGCUAGCAAUUCAAAGUACUCGUUGGAUGUGUACAUCGAAUCCAUCUGUGGAGAUUGCCACCGCUUUGUAGCGAACGAGUUGAAGUUCAUAGCUCUUCAUCCUGAGCUUCUUGACUAUGUGGACUUCAACUUGCAUAUUUUUGGAAAGGCCCGCAUCACAAGCAGAUCUCCAGCACGAUUUGUAUGUCAGUUUGGUGAAGCUGGCUGCACGGGCGACAAGGCUCUAAACUGCAUCUACAAACACUCCACAUCAUUUACAAAUGCUGUGAAGGUGAUGGAGUGCAUUUACGAAACUGGUUACGCGUCCGAGAGUAGCAUUCGCAUGUGCUAUGACAAGUUCUAUCAGAAGAGUGCUGAUGCCAUCCAGUGCUUUAAAUCGGACGAAGCGGAUCAAUUGAUGCUGGAAGCUGGAGACAACACACCUCCCCUGCGUUGGGUUCCUGCUUUUUCGGACGGAGGGGAUAUUCGUUUUGAUACGCGGAAUAUCGUGAAGGAGAUUUGUGGCCACAUUGAAGGCGAGAAGCCGGCAGUGUGUGGAACGAGUCAGCACACAGUGGGAAUGGACAGUGAAUUGUAA